AUGAAGUUCAAGGCUGUCGAUAUUGCUACAUGUUUAGCGGCCGUUGAGGCCGUAACAAUUACGUUGAGUGGCACAAGAAAGAGUUUUGUCCGAAAAAAUUAUUUUCAAGCAUCUACCGACCAGCCGCGACCGACGAAGAACACCGUAAUGCUCAUGAAGUUGCGCCGUUCGAGGCGGACGAACCAUUUUCAAAUCUAUUUGCGGGACUUCGACCCUUGCUCGUCUCCAUUUUCCGCAGUGAUUUGGUUCCUUGCCUCCUUUUGGCUGCUUGAGAAGGAUUAUCAGAGCAGCCGACGAACUGGCAUUGUGGAAAACACGAAAGUACAGGUGAAGGCCGAACCAGUAUCGGCUGAUCAUUAUCUCUUUUACAUCCAAGUAAGACGGCGACGCGCUGCGUGGCUGCCAGUGGUUGUUCGCCCCCAGAAGAUCUUUUCACUUAUGAUGCUUCAUUCACAUGACGGGUUAACCGAGAUCACAGAAAGAGGUGAUUAA